GCCCGGGAGUCACUACUCGGGGCGCGGCGGGAAAACAUCUCCCGCGCCACUCUUAUUUCUUCUUUCCUUCCCGACGCUGUCGAAAAAAAAAAUAUUCCAAACUGACGGCAACGUAGUAAUUCCACCAUGGAGGACGCUCACUCGAAAUCCGUGGAAGAAGUCCUAGGGUACUUCGGUACCGACCCAGACAAAGGCCUUAGUCCAGAUCAAGUCAAGCGGAAUCAGGAUAAAUAUGGGCCAAAUGAACUGCCUGCGGAGGAGGGCAAAAGUAUAUGGCAGUUAGUCCUGGAACAAUUCGAUGACCUUUUAGUAAAGAUUUUGCUGUUAGCCGCUAUUAUUUCAUUCGUUUUAGCUUUAUUUGAAGAACACGAAGACGCAUUCUCCGCCUUCGUAGAGCCUUUUGUUAUUUUACUUAUUCUAAUUGCUAACGCUGUAGUAGGAGUAUGGCAGGAAAGAAAUGCCGAAUCCGCCAUCGAAGCUUUAAAAGAAUACGAACCCGAAAUGGGUAAAGUAGUCAGAGGAGACAAAUCCGGUGUACAGAAAAUCCGAGCCAAAGAAAUCGUACCCGGUGAUGUCGUUGAGGUGUCAGUCGGUGACAAAAUCCCCGCUGACAUCCGUCUUAUUAAGAUUUACUCGACCACCAUCCGUAUUGAUCAGUCCAUCCUGACCGGAGAAUCUGUCUCCGUCAUCAAGCACACCGAUGCCAUUCCCGACCCCCGCGCCGUCAACCAGGACAAAAAGAACAUUCUCUUCUCCGGUACCAAUGUCGCCGCUGGUAAAGCCCGUGGUGUGGUCAUCGGCACUGGUCUCAACACUGCGAUCGGUAAAAUCCGUACAGAAAUGUCCGAAACUGAGGAAAUUAAGACACCCCUGCAGCAAAAACUGGACGAAUUCGGUGAACAGUUGUCUAAAGUCAUCUCAGUUAUUUGCGUUGCCGUAUGGGCCAUCAACAUCGGUCACUUCAACGACCCCGCUCACGGUGGAAGCUGGAUCAAGGGCGCCGUCUACUACUUCAAGAUUGCCGUCGCUUUGGCUGUCGCCGCUAUCCCCGAAGGUCUGCCCGCUGUCAUCACCACUUGUCUCGCUCUUGGUACCAGGCGUAUGGCUAAGAAGAACGCUAUCGUGAGGUCACUGCCCUCUGUGGAGACCCUUGGUUGCACAUCUGUCAUCUGCUCUGACAAGACCGGUACUCUUACUACUAACCAGAUGUCUGUUUCCCGUAUGUUUAUCUUUGACAAGAUCGAAGGUAGCGACAGCAGCUUCCUUGAAUUCGAAAUCACUGGUUCCACCUACGAGCCUAUUGGUGAUGUUUACCUUAAGGGUCAGAAGAUCAAGGCUGCUGAGUUCGACACUCUUCAGGAAUUGGGCACCAUUUGCGUUAUGUGCAAUGACUCCGCUAUUGACUUCAACGAAUUCAAACAAGCAUUCGAAAAGGUUGGUGAAGCCACCGAAACUGCCCUUAUCGUACUCGCUGAGAAAAUGAACCCCUUCAACGUCCCCAAGACUGGACUGGACCGCCGCUCUUCCGCUAUUGUUGUACGUCAAGAAAUUGAAACUAAAUGGAAGAAAGAGUUCACUCUUGAGUUCUCCCGUGACAGGAAAUCUAUGUCCACUUACUGCACACCUCUUAAGCCUUCUCGUCUUGGCACUGGACCCAAACUGUUCGUUAAGGGUGCACCUGAGGGUGUGCUUGACCGUUGCACGCACGCACGUGUUGGAACUACUAAGGUUCCUCUGAACUCUACCCUCAAGAACCGCAUCCUGGACCUCACCCGCCAGUACGGUACUGGUCGUGACACACUCCGUUGCUUGGCCCUUGCUACUGCUGACAGCCCACUGAAGCCUGAUGAGAUGGAUCUCGGAGACUCCACCAAAUUCUACACAUAUGAAGUCAACCUUACAUUCGUUGGUGUAGUAGGCAUGUUAGACCCUCCUCGUAAAGAAGUAUUCGACUCCAUUGUCCGCUGCCGUGCUGCUGGUAUCAGAGUUAUCGUCAUCACUGGUGACAACAAAGCCACCGCAGAAGCUAUUUGCAGGCGUAUUGGAGUAUUCACUGAAGACGAAGACACCACUGGCAAAUCUUACUCUGGUCGUGAAUUCGAUGACUUGCCCGUAUCUGAGCAGCGCGCCGCCUGUGCAAAGGCUCGCUUGUUCUCCCGUGUGGAGCCCGCUCACAAGUCCAAAAUCGUUGAGUUCCUGCAGAGCAUGAACGAAAUCUCCGCUAUGACUGGUGAUGGUGUGAACGACGCCCCCGCUCUCAAGAAGGCUGAAAUCGGUAUUGCUAUGGGAUCUGGUACCGCCGUCGCUAAGUCUGCCGCUGAGAUGGUGUUGGCUGACGACAACUUCUCUUCCAUCGUCGCCGCUGUUGAAGAAGGUCGUGCCAUCUACAACAACAUGAAGCAGUUCAUCCGUUAUUUGAUCUCCUCCAACAUUGGUGAAGUCGUAUCCAUCUUCUUGACUGCUGCUCUGGGUCUCCCUGAAGCUUUGAUCCCUGUCCAACUGUUGUGGGUCAACCUUGUCACUGAUGGUCUGCCCGCCACUGCUCUUGGUUUCAACCCACCUGAUCUCGACAUCAUGGACAAACCACCCCGUAAGGCUGAUGAAGGUCUGAUCUCUGGAUGGCUGUUCUUCAGGUACAUGGCUAUCGGUGGCUACGUCGGUGCCGCUACCGUCGGUGCUGCCUCCUGGUGGUUCAUGUAUUCUCCUUACGGACCACAAAUGACCUACUGGCAGCUUACCCACCACUUACAGUGCCUCAGUGGAGGUGAUGACUUCAAGGGCAUCGACUGCAAGAUUUUCACUGACCCUCACCCUAUGACCAUGGCCUUGUCUGUAUUAGUAACAAUUGAAAUGUUGAACGCCAUGAACAGUUUGUCUGAGAACCAGUCGCUCGUGACCAUGCCACCCUGGUCCAACAUGUGGCUGGUCGGCUCCAUGGCUCUCUCCUUCACCCUUCAUUUCGUCAUCCUGUACGUCGAGGUGCUGUCGGCCGUGUUCCAAGUGACGCCGCUGUCCGUCGACGAGUGGCUGACGGUGAUGAAGUUCUCGGUGCCUGUGGUGCUGCUGGACGAGGUUCUGAAGUUCGUGGCGCGCAAGAUCUCCGACGGUGAGAAGCGUUCGCAGCUGAUGCACUGGCUGGACGGCAUGCAAUGGAUUGUGCUCAUGUGGGCCGUGUUCUUUGGCAUCAUCAUCUACGGCCCCCUAUAAGCGGCCCCGUGUGCCGUGCCACCACCCCGUUUGAUUCACAUCUAAUACCUUCCUACCGAUUUCUGCGCCACCCACCUGUUCGAUUCAUGUUACACUUUACGUUUUCUAUUCUCAUGAUAAGUUAUUUCUGGUGUGGGUAGCGCAUGGAAUUUAACUGUGGAAACCGAUAGACUUUGAGCUGCGCUCACCACAGUUUCAGUCAUCUAACAGUUUGGAAUGCUAAUUCUGGCGCACAUGGUGUGAAGUGAUGCCCCUAGUGCCCCCAGUGCCCCAGUGCACGUCCCCGGCCCGGUGUUGGACAGCCAGGACUGCGAUGUGAGUGACAGUGAGGAGUGCCGUGCCGCCGGACUAGCGAUCUAAGUGUGUAGUUGUCUGUACUGCUUAGGAGUAGAUCUAACAGAGCCGUGGCAGCGCACUGCGCCCCGCUCUAGUGAUUAUGCAUUUUGUAUGUGCGAGACAAUAAAUUUAUUGGAGCUCAUUUUUUUACAAAUUCGUGAGUUCAACUUUCUUCCUUUUACUGAGUACAUAUACAUAAUAUUAUACACUUAUUUGAUGUGAAGAGGCUGUGAAGACCUUCAUUUUUAUAAAUGCUAACAAAUGAAACACCAAAAAUUGGUUUUAUUGAAAGUAUUUAUAAGUUAGAUUAAUUGCAUUUGAUACAUUUUGUAUACAGUAGCACGGAAAGCUCCGCAUUCAAAUAUUAUUAUAAUGAACUCGCACAUAGCUCAGUACCUUGUCCAAUUGGACAGCAGACAUGUUAUAAAACAUACUAUUAAUUGAUAGUAAUGUGCAUUGUUAGCUUAGUGUAAUUUAUCAUAAGUGUAUUAUUAGGGACGUGGUUACAAUUAUUCUUUCAGCAUAGGUAGUAAUCAAAAGAAUGUCUUUCUCCUCUGUCCUUUCACUGUGGUCACUUCUUAACAUUCCUAUAUGCAUUUCGUUUUUCUUAUAUCAAACCUUGUUUGGUAAUCAGAAGCGCUCUUAUUAUUAAUCUAAGCUAAUAUUAAUUAACAAAUUUUUAUGAAUGUGUCCCUAGGCUGAACUAACCUUAUGCCUAAGUGUGAAUGUGGCAGGCUAUAUAGACUGGCAUGUAACUACACAGCAGUAGUAUGCAGCAGCUAGCCGCAGGCGACAGUAGCUAGUGCCAGCGUAUACAGUGUGCCACAUGCACCCUUCCUAGCUCAAGUAAAUAUGUCUUCAACUGUUUACUUGGGCUACAUGUGACCUUCAUGUAUUACAUCGAAACAAUAUCAUGUCAAGCCUUGUUUCAAUAUAAUUAUUACAAACUAUUAACAUUUUUGUACUGUGUAAAUUGUAUGUUUUUUACAUUAUUUACGACACAAUAAUUUAUUGAAAAAAGCAAUAUAGUCUUAUGUAUGUACGAAUUAAAUGAUCCCAUGUACGAGUAUAGCACUUCUAUUUAUAUAUUCAUUACUUGAUGUAAUUUUUGUUGUCUCCUAUUUAUUAAAAUAACCAUUUAUAUCAAUUAUAUUUUACCAUUGAGACAUAAUAUUACUUUUUAAGUUUAUCAAACCUGAUCCGAAAUUUAAGAAUGUAGUGUGGUACAAGGUCAGUACUUGCAUAUGUGUUUUUUUUUUUACUAUACCUAUUUAAUUAAAAAUAAUAAAAAUUGCAUGUAAACAUUGCAUGGUUUAUGACUUAUAAAAGAGUGCAGUGAGUUUUUUUAUAUAAUGCAUUAACAAUACAUUAUAUUUAUAGUAUAGUAUUAUAAAUAAUGUGUACCUAUGCCGAAUCUAAAACAAUCGAUCCACGAUUGAAAGGAUGCAACCGUCGAAAGUUUGUAUUUAUUUAAUGUGUCUUUUCUAUAUGCAUACACAUUACCUGUCGAUCAAUAUCACCAACACAGCACAUUGACGUGCCAGCAAAGUAAUAGAUAUAUCUUGAAACUACCUAUUGCCUUCUUUGACUACCUACCGUAUGUUUAUCCCACUUUUACACUGCACAAUUAAAGGGCAUGCUCAAAAACCUUUGUUGUGAAUGUCCCCUGAACUCCUGGAACUUGUUGCGUUUAUCAGAUUAACUUAUUGAAAUGUACAGUCGUUUAUACAUUUUACAUAUUAAAAUAGUCAACAAUAUUAAUGUUUGAAUUAUUUCCCUUCACACUCCAGUAGUGACACUACAUGACACACCCUUGAUAUGAAAUGUAUACCACCCUAUGUAUUUAUACUCCAUUUCCUUAGCAUACAAAUAAUUUUUAUCGCUAUUCUAUUCCUAGCUAACAAUUUGACAAAACAAGUUUUGCAACCUGAACUUUAAUCUAUAAUUCCGUUGCAAAUAGUGCUUCAGCAGUAACAUGAUAUUGAUGUUACAGUUGGAACACCAUUUACAACUUCAUUCGUAACCAAACAGAUGUAUUAUUAUAUCGUCACGAAAUUCAUUAAAGAAUGGUUACAAACUUACAAUAAACUACAAAACAAUUAUUUGUAAAUUGCAAAACUUGGUUGAUGGUAACGCCACGGCAGGAACAGUCCGUGGCAUGUUCCGCGCACGAUCCCCGCAUGCUCUAACGUGGUGUUGUCCUUGUGUCCCCAGCCCAGCCGACGUGGAAGCUGUAAGCGCCGGAACGCCGUCGCAGCGCCACUGCACGCACAUAUUCCAUGAACACUCAUUGUUUGUUGUGAUCCCGCAGUGAAACUACACAUUUAAUGUAACUACGACACGGUUGUGAUAUCUGCAUAAGACCUAGUAAGUUCGGACGGCAGCCCCCGCUCGAGCGCACACAACACUAACACUCUCGUUGUUUUGCAGCGAACGAGGUGGUCAUUGACAAGUGGUAAACGCCACCGAAUCAUAGUUCCUCACCCGCUUCUCUCAGCUACUUCUACCGCUCUCGUCUCCCGAUGUAAUGUUAAUUGGCUUUAGAUGUGUGCGAAUUAUAAAAUGCGUCACGUAAGACUACGAUUAGGCUAGGCUAGAUAGGCCAGGGCCAGCGGUGGAGGAGAGGCGCGAGUGGUGGAUGCGGCGACGAGGCGGGCCGGGGCGCCGCCCCCGUCCACCUGCUCACCUGCGCUAGUUCACCAGAGGGGACAUAAUGUUGUUCAUAAUGUGUAUAUACUACAGUAUGCUUAGGAGGUUUAAUCAAUUUGUUAUAUUACGUUGUUCUAAUUAAAGACUACAUGGUGCCCGUCGACAAAAGCAGUGCGAUAGACGAUGUGUACUUAAGUUGAGAGCACUCAUUAAUUUAUUGUUAUAUUUUUAUUAUCUUAUAAUCUAGUUUGCUUAUCUAGAGUCGAGUCAUUUCUAUUAGUGCUGACGCCUCGACGAGCAAUAUGGUGUCUGCAAGGGAAGGAUAAUUACAUGAUUGUCCAGUGUUUGGGACCUGAGUCCAAAAGUUUAAACAUACCUGUACAUUUUAAUGUAUUAUUGUUUUGUACAAUAAAUCGUUAUAAACGACAA